CGUCAGUCGUACGGUUGCCGUCGUACCGAGCGGUUCCCGCCGUCGUACGGAGACGAUCUCCGCUCCGAUCUCCGCCUGUGUCUGUCUGCCCUCCGUCGUCGUCGUCGUCGUCGUCGUCGUCGUCAUCGUCGUCGUUUUAUCGCCGCGGAUCUCUAGAUUGGCUAGAGAAUCAUCCUUUUCUGUUAUCGUUAUCCUUUUCGUCCCAUAAUCAACGCGCAGCGAUUUUCGUUCUUCUAGGAGCUUGAAAUCUGAUUAAUUUUUCAAUGAACUCUUAUCAAGAAUUGGAGCGCGUUCGCUCGACAUCGAGGAAGUAGUGUGAUGCGCGGGAUUUUGUAAUGGCACAUCUCGGGACGCGGUUCGAGGAGUUUGCACAAGACGACAAUGACGCGCGGAUAACAGGGCACGUCCCCCUCGUCGGAAUGCGGGAUGUCGUAGCGAGACGUGACAUUAGUUUGUCAGCGAAUCACCGAAAGCGGAUAACAUUCUGAUACAGGAUUGAUGCCUGUUAAGCGAUUUUGACGUGACGUGAUUCGGUAAUCAUUGUCGAUCGUCCUAAAGAACUAAGUCGGAAUCAAAUACGGAAUUUGGAGAGAGAGAGAAAGAGAGAGCGCGACCGCGAACGAUAGAAUAUAGUUUACCUUCGUCCGUAAGGAAACGUACCAAUUAUAUGAAGUAACUUCGCUGCGCCGAAAAAAAUCAUUCGACGCUUUUAAAUCAAGUGAUCUCGUAGUGUAAACAAUCUCAGAUAUAAGUUAAAGCUGCGUGAUAAUAAUUGCGAUUUCGAGAUUCUACUUACGAUCUGUCGACCGUCGUACGAUCUAACAGUGAGCGUUUGAUGUCAGUCCGUAAACGCUCACCGCUAAUCGAUUCGGAGUGAAUCUUGUACCUGCAACGGAGCGGUUUUCACAGUGACACAUCUCAAUCGAACUCUCGAGUUGUCGCGUAAAUAGACACACGCAACGCGGUGGAUAAUAACCGGUAACGCGUGACGCGGUCGCGUGUGAUGAUCAGAAGACAGAGAACCGGUACCAAACGCAGGCAACGAGUUCACUAAAGAUGCGUGGGCUCGUCGGUCGGCACGAAGGUCCCGGGAGAAGAUCGUUGUCGCUGUCGUUGGCUUAUUACUGUCUGCUCGUACCAGUAUACCACGUGCUCGCCGUGACCAGCGAGCUACCGCCGAAGCUCGAGCUACCCGACUAUUGUUCGUGGGAUUCACGCCAGGAUGGCGCGCUCACUUGCGUACAUCGUUACGCGGGCAACGACUCGCUCAGGACGAACUUUUCUCAGGCCACGAGCGAGUACGUGACCUCUAUGAACAUCGUUUGCGAGGACUCCGAUCUGGAAGACGACAAUGGCGUACUCAGCGUAGACAGUUUCCUUCACUUAUGGCGGCUGCGAUCGUUGAAGUUGACCGGAUGCAAGCUGGUUCACUGGCCGGCCAAGUUACUCAGCGGUCUGCGUGAUCUCCGUAAUCUAACCGUUAGAACGCUAAACGAACGCAAGACCAAGUACAGUCUGGAGCUGGAAAGCGGCGCUUUCGACAAUACGCCGCAAAUCGAGAAACUCGACCUGUCGUGGAAUAAUAUCUGGCAGAUACCGGAUCGCCUGUUUUGCUCCUUAUCAAACUUGGUAACUCUAAACAUCUCGUGGAACUCGCUGAAGGACAUUACGGAACUCGGAUUUCAAGAUGUCAGCGAAGAAAAAAUAUCCGAGAAGCAUCCGAGACGUCAAUUGGAAUCAACACCGGCUCCACUCCCGUGUUCCCUGGAUGUGCAAUCAUUGGACGUGUCGAACAAUCAAAUCUCCGUGUUGCCAAUGAACGGAUUCUCAUCGUUGAAACGUCUUCGAGUAUUGAAUUUGUCCAGUAACGCUAUCUCCAUGGUAGCCGACGAUGCUCUACACGGACUUAGAUCCCUCGAGAGCCUCGAUCUGUCUGGAAACAAAAUCGUUGCUUUGCCGAUGGCGCUGUUUCGAGACGCGACAAAGUCACUGAAGGAGCUGCGAUUGCAAAACAACUCCAUCAGAGCGCUGGCUGGUUUGGUGGCUGAUAUGAAUCAACUGGUCGCUCUCGAUCUGUCACGAAACGUCCUGACCAGUUCGUGGUUGGAUUCGGGAACAUUCUCUGGACUGAUACGCCUCGUACUCCUGAACCUGUCUCACAAUCGGAUCAGCAAGCUGGAUCCAGCGAUCUUCAAAGAUCUUUACACUUUGCAGAUUUUAAAUCUCCAAUUUAACGAGAUAGACAUGAUACCAGCGGACACCUUCUCGCCGAUGAGCAAUCUACAUACUCUCGAAUUAGCUCAUAAUCGUUUGACUUAUCUUGACGCUUACUCUCUAAACGGAUUAUUCGCGCUCUCGCUGCUGGCCUUGGAUUCCAACUUGCUCGAGGGAAUUCAUCCGGACGCCUUUCGGAACUGCUCGAGCAUGCAAGAUUUAAACCUGUCCGGCAACAAUCUUGAGAGUAUACCAGUGGCGCUAAAAGACAUGAGGAUAUUGCGGACCCUCGAUCUGGGCGAGAACCAGAUCAGAAGCCUGAAUAAGCCCGGUUUCCGAGGAAUGUCAAGCCUGUACGGUUUAAGAAUGAUCGGCAAUGAGAUCACUAAUGUCACGCAGGAGGAUCUCGUGGAAUUGCCGGCGUUGCAGAUCUUAAAUCUGGCCAGGAACAGAAUCGUAUUCGUGGAGGAUGGUGCUUUCGCCGCCAAUCCGGCGCUUCAAGCGAUUCGACUGGACUCAAAUUUAUUGGACGACAUGUCCGGCAUCUUCGCAAGUGCGCCCGGUCUUCUGUGGCUGAACAUAUCUGACAACAUGAUCACGCAGUUUGAUUACAGCUACCUCCCUGAGAAAUUACAGUGGAUGGAUCUACAUAAAAAUUUUAUUACGGAUCUUGGCGUCGCGCCACGGAAUAUGAGAUUGCAGACACUUGAUGUGUCAUUUAACAGACUAACGAGGAUACACUCCCGAUCGAUUCCGGAUUCCAUCGAGCUACUGUUCGUCAAUGAUAACCAGAUAUCAUCCGUGGAGCCGCAGACAUUUUCCGUGAAGACGAAUCUCACCCGAGUGGAUCUCUACGCGAAUCUGAUCGUCAAGAUGAACCUCUCGGCGUUCCAGCUUACUCAGGUGCCAUCUAACAGACAACUUCCGGAAUUCUACAUCGGCGGAAAUCCCUUUAUAUGCGACUGCACCACGGAGUGGUUACAGAGGAUCAAUUCGCUUACGCUGAGACAGCAUCCGAGGGUGAUGGAUCUCGAGUCCGUUUACUGUAGGUUACCUUACGACCGUCACAAGUCGUUCAUACCACUAUUGGAGGCCAAAUCUUCGCAAUUCUUGUGUACUUACAAGACGCAUUGUUUCGCUCUUUGCCACUGCUGUGAUUUCGAUGCCUGCGAUUGCGAGAUGACGUGCCCAACAAAUUGCACGUGUUAUCACGAUCAGUCCUGGUCGGCGAAUGUCGUUGACUGUUCCAGCUCUGGCUACAAAAUCCUGCCGGGUCGAUUGCCAAUGGACGCGACAGAGGUUUAUCUCGACGGGAACAAUUUCGGAGAAUUGAAUUCCCAUUCGUUUAUCGGACGGAAGAAUUUACAAAUUCUUUAUGCGAACGACAGCAACAUUAUCGCGAUCCGCAAUCAUACUUUCAGCGGUCUGAAGCGGCUGGUCGUGCUUCAUCUGGAAAACAACAAGAUAAGCGUGCUCAAUGGAGUGGAGUUAGUGCCGUUGGAAAAUCUGAAGGAGCUCUAUCUGCAGAAUAAUCUGUUAACAUACAUCGAUAACGGUACAUUCUUGCCGCUACGUCAGCUGGAAGUUUUGCGUUUGGAGAACAAUCGGCUUGGCACUUUCGCGCUCUGGCAACUAGGUCAAAAUCCAUACCUAGUCGACAUCGGUCUGUCCAGUAAUCCGUGGAACUGCGAAUGUUCAUAUCUGGAUCGCGUGCGGGAGUGGAUGUCCCGUAACCGGGCGAAGAUCAACGACUGGCAUAGCGUCACCUGUUCUCUCGGCGUGCCCAUAACUCUUCCGGCGAAUGGAUCGGUCAUGAAUUGCGCGGCAUUAAGGGGCGCAACUUCCGUCGUCGAGACACAUCCGCUGGAGGCUUAUCUCCCGCUGUUGCUCACCACUGUCGUGCUGAUUUUCGCGGCGGUGGCGUUCGUGUGCGGCGCAAUCAGACAUCGUCGUACCUUGAGGACUUGGGCCGCGAGCAGAUGCGGUCUGCGGGCGUGCUACAAGACCGCAGCCUUCGAAGAUCAGGAGAAACCGUUCGACGCCUAUAUCUCCUAUUCUGCGGUCGACGAGGCCUUCGUCUCGACAAUUCUUGUGCCAGGUCUUGAGACCUCGUAUAGGCUGUGCUUGCAUUAUCGAGAUCUCGGCGCUGGUAGCAACGUCGCCGACGCUGUAGCCGAAGCGGCUGACUCUUCGAGGCGCACCAUUCUCGUAUUGUCGAAGAACUUUCUGCACGGCGAAUGGUCCAGGUUUGAAUUCAAGGCGGCUCUGAGGGACGCUCUCAAGGGAAAGGGUCGCUCGGUGAUUUUGCUUCUGGUGGGCGGUGUGUGCCCGCGGGAUCUCGACGCCGAUCUUAAAAAAAGAAUUUCGUCGCACACCGUGCUGGUAUGGGGGGACAAGUUGUUCUGGCAGAAGCUGAGGUUUGCCAUGCCGGAUGUAUCCCCCGUUCCCGUUUUAGAGAGACCCCUGCCUCUGCCGCCACCACCGCCACCUCCAGUGCAUCAUCAAUGGACGUAGAGCUGCCGUUAUUUAGAUGUGAACUGUUUCCAAAAGCAUUAUUGAAUCGCAUUACGCAAGGAAUAAUCGGAAACAGCAGUGAGGAAGGACUCCUGACUGCCGACUUUUCUCUCUACUUAUUAUCAGAAGCAUUUCUUACUAUUGCAAUGUAACCCGUAACACGGUGUCCGAAUAAAUAAGCGGUUAUUCGUAUUUUUGAAAAUCGUGAUAGCUUCGUAGUGAGCAAAUGUAAUUAGCGCGAGAGAAAAAAAAAAAGAAUUGGAGCAUACUACCUGUAACUCGUAUUGCAACGAAGUAACGUUUUUUCCUCUUUCUACUCGAUGAUAGUUUAAUCGACGAUUUAAUCGAUUUAUUAAAAUUCUUCGGUAAUUUGUUUAGUCGAAAGCGGAGAUUGAUGUACAUAGCGAGAGAGUUUUGUAUAUUUGUAAAAUAGAUAGGGCAUUUUAUUAUAUAAAUAUAUAUAUAUAUAUAUAUAAAUACAUAAACAAUAAAGUUAUUUAUAUAUAUUUUAAUCACAAAAGGUAAGAGUACUUCUUUUUCUCAUCCUGGCACACUUGCGCGAUUCGCUUUGCCGUCGUCACCGUCCGCGUCUUGUGAUUGUUUCCGUUUAAGCGGCGGGGCGGACGGACCGACUGGUAGAUUGCGACGCUUAAUCUAAAAUUCUAUCAGCCGUUCUGUGUAUAAUGUAUAUCCAUUUGUACAAAGUUGCGUGAAAGCAUUAAUAUCAUUAACGCCCCGGCAAACGGCCGAUCCGUUUGUUUAAACGGGCGGCCCCUCCGCCCCGCCCCGUCCCCCACCGCCUCCCUCGCCGCGAAGGGCAACGGCAAGUCGUCGACAAGUCCGGCGAAGUCGGCGCCAAAAGCAUUAAAUAUUAUCACAUCUGGCAUUACAUUUGCCGCCGCGCUGCCAUGGCGCGCGUCGAUGAUUAAUAGGCGUACUCCGCGUAGCGUGACGUCGAAUAAUAUGUGCGCAUUGUAAUAAUAAUAACUCAGUACGAGAGGCAUAAAUUCGCGGAUGGGUUAAUUAGUACAAAUUACUGCGGUAUCAAUUCUCGCCUGCUGCUGUUCUGCAAGCGGUUCUCCGGCGCGCAGCGUGGUCGCGCGGACCGGUGAAUUAAUUCCGUUAAGUCAUGUCUUGCGACGCGAGAAUGUAGAGUAAUUUCAUCGAAUGAAAUCGAGACUAUGUGUAAAUAUUAGUCCUCUGUUGUAUCGAUGUAUCAUAAUUGUAUUAAAAGCUAAUGUUCCCCUUGUAAAUGUUGCUCCCCGCCGGGGCGGCAGCAAUUAACGGAGAUUACUUGCGUUUCGCAAUAAAAAAAAAAGGCUGAAGUGAA